GAUCCACGCGAGCGAUCCUGGUGCCUUUGGCGCCCCUUAGCGGGACCCUCCAGUCCUACUACCUGAAACCACCGCAAGUCUGAGCGUAAUCGUUUGCCUCUAUACAACACCACGCCAAACUCCACGAUUACCGAGGGGUCACGACACGUACUUUCCCGCCGCGCUAGCUCUACGUCCUCCUUUCCGCACAAAGGCUGCGGGAGGAGGGGUCGGCGCAAGCGCUCUGAGUUUCUCGGAAAAUAGAGUCAUCAUCCCGCCUCCUGGCGCAAGCCGGUAGAGAAACGCAUGCGCUGUGAGGAGGCAGGGACUUAUUUCACGCGGCGGUGACGUAAUGACAGAGGAGGAGGCGGCCCAGGAACGGAAGCCGGGAAAGAACCAGGGCGGAAGGGGACCAGGGCCAGGGCUGUGUUCGGAGCCUCGGCUGGCCUGGGGUUCCAAUGUGGUCCCCGGAGCGGGAGGCCGAGGCCCCGGCCGGGGGUGACCCGGCGGGCCUACUGCCCCCCGAAUGGGAGGAGGAUGAGGAGCGCAUGUCCUUCCUGUUCUCCGCUUUCAAAAGGAGCCGCGAAGUGAACAGCACCGACUGGGACAGCAAGAUGGGCUUCUGGGCGCCGUUGGUGCUGAGCCACAGCCGCCGCCAGGGGGUGGUGCGCCUGCGUCUGCGGGACUUGCAGGAGGCCUUUCAGCGCAAGGGCAGCGUCCCGCUGGGGCUGGCCACCGUGCUGCAGGACCUGCUGCGUCGAGGGGAGCUGCAGCGGGAGUCAGACUUCAUGGCCAGUGUAGACAGCAGCUGGAUCUCCUGGGGGGUCGGAGUCUUCCUGCUGAAGCCCCUCAAGUGGACUCUUUCCAAUAUGCUAGGGGAUAAUAAGGUUCCUGCCGAGGAGGUGCUCGUGGCCUUGGAGCUUCUUAAGGAGAAGGCUGAGGAGGUGUAUCGUCUGUAUCAGAACUCCCCUCUCUCCUCGCACCCCGUGGUGGCCCUGUCGGAGCUGAGCACCCUCUGUGCGGGCUCCUGUCUGGACGAGAGGACCUUCUACUUGGUGUUGCUGCAGCUGCAGAAAGAGAAGCGAGUCACCGUCCUUGAGCAGAAUGGGGAGAAGAUUGUGAAGUUUGCCCGGGGCCCACAUGCCAAGGUCUCUCCUGUCAACGACGUAGAUGUCGGGGUUUACCAGCUCAUGCAGAGCGAACAGCUGCUGUCGCGCAAGGUGGAGUCCUUAUCCCAGGAAGCAGAGAGGUAUAAAGAAGAAGCCCGCCGGGCAUGCCGAGCAGGAAAGAAGCAGCUGGCCCUGAGGUCUCUCAAGGCCAAGCAGCGGACGGAGAAGCGCAUCGAAGCCCUGCAUGCCAAGCUGGACACUGUUCAAGGCAUCCUGGACCGGAUCUAUGCCUCGCAGACAGAUCAGAUGGUUUUCAAUGCGUAUCAGGCCGGGGUAGGAGCACUGAAACUCUCCAUGAAGGAUGUCACGGUGGAGAAGGCAGAGAGCCUUGUGGAUCAGAUCCAAGAGCUGUGUGACACCCAGGACGAAGUUUCUCAGACUCUGGCUGGUGGGGUAACCAAUGGCUUAGACUUUGACAGUGAGGAACUGGAGAAGGAAUUGGACAUCCUCCUUCAGGACACCACCAAAGAACCUUCGGAUCUGCCCGACAACCCCCAGGAGACGUUUUAUACCAACAGUGUGCCUAACCCUAGGAUCUCGGACGCUGAACUUGAAGCUGAACUUGAGAAACUGUCCUUAUCAGAGGGAGGUUUGGUCCCAAGCAGUAAAUCUCCAAAAAGACAAUUGGAACCGACUCUAUAAAGCCAUUGUAGGACCCUCAAGUGAAGGACCCUCGUGUCAAAGAGAGACCAGGCUUGUGUGUGUGUACAUAGUUAUUUAAACGAGAAACUCUCGGAAUGUGUUGGAAAGAGGAGGAAGGACAACCACUCUGAUGUAUCUGGAUGCUACCACUUACUACGGGACAGAUAGAAUUUCUGGAAGCGUGCCCGCGAGGCGUGCUCCCAGCUGGGCUCAUGGCCCUGCAUUCUCAUCUUUAUAGUGCCACAGUUUAUACAGUUCUGUGUUUGCCCUGUCAUCUUUCAUAGCCUGCGGCUCCUGCCACGGGCUCAGUUAGGUUUGUCUUCCCCCACCAGCUUUGUUCCAGCCAGCGAAGGUGAAAGAUUCGUGCAGCUUUGCCAAAUCAAAAUCUGUCCUCGUCCCCCACCCUCACUGUGUUUAGAGGAGUUUAUUCUGUCAGUAGGUCCGUUACACAGCCCUUCGCCGCCCCUCUCUGUUUCCAUCGGUGGCGAGAAGAAGGAGAAUCCAACAGCUGCCACGUUAUGGAGAAACACACAGUGUGAAAGGUUCUCCCCUGGGGUUCAGAUUCUCCAGGUGUUCAGAAAGAGAGGUAACCCCUGAGUGGCUCAAGAGUCGUGACGGUUGGAGAGGGGCCUUGUGGGGUUGGUGGCCACUGCCGCCUCUUCCAUCUUAUGCAAAAGAAGAUCUGCUGACUGGAGAAAUGGUUACUCUUGGUCUUUUGAACUUGACGAGGAGAAGCCCAGGUGACUACAGAGCCCCGGGUGUCCAAACCCCAUAUGCUUUCUUAAAAAGGUAUCAUCUUUGCCUUGCCCCCGUGGUGAAUGAAUUAAAUAUUAACUUAAAUACAUAAAUCAGAAGAAGCCACGCAACAGCACACCUCCCCUUCUUGAGCCUGGCAGACAACAGCAGGUCAUUUGAAUUUCAGAUUCGUUGUAGCCCACCACUCGGGGCAGGGGAUCUGAGCCAGGAUGUGCAAUAGAAGCAGAAGACAGUGGCCUCGGCAACGUCUGCUGUGUGCUUCCCCGGUCCUGCGCUGCGCCCGGCCCCACCUCCUGAAGGCCCGUCCUCUACUUCCUUUGACGAGUCGGGGAGGAUGGCGGAGGGGUCAGGCAGGAGAGGGCCUGAGUGCGCUGGCCCCAGGGAGAAGAAAGACAGCAGCCACACUGCCGCUCUGCUGCACAGUCCCAGACGCCUGCCUGGCCCUCGGCCCUGCCCCUCCUGCUUAGGGUGACGGAGAACAGAGGAGAGGAAUUUGCUCCAGGCCAGGAGCACAAAUCACUGUUCAACAAGUUUCUCUCCCACUCGGCCUUGGGAAACUGAAAUGUUGGGGGUGAAGAGAAACAAUCACUAUUUUUUCUUUUUUUAUCUGGUAAAUAAUUAAAAGAAAAACCCUGA